AUGGUGAUACGAAUGACGAUGAUGCUCUUGAAGCACAACCGACCAUGUCACGUUGGAUGGACCAGAUGCCUUCAGGCCGUCCGCACCCAAUCAACCGAUCCGCUGGCGAACGAGCGGCGCCAAAGCUACGUCCACCAUAUCGGGGCCGAGCCGCUGGUUUAUCGCAAUGUAGGCCAACAUCUCCGUAUCGCUACCGAACGUUUUCCGAACCGGGAAGCCGUUGUGGCCUGCCACGAACGCGAUGGACGGCUCACCUUCGCAGCCGCCAUGGAGAAGGUAGACCGUCUAGCGGCGUCGUUCCACCAGCUCGGUUUGCGGCAGGGUGAUCGCGUUGGAAUCUGGGCGCCGAAUGGGAUCCUGUUCUAUCUCACCUAUCUGGCGGUGGCGCGUGCCGGAAUGAUCUUGGUCGGAAUCAAUCCUGCCUAUCAGAUCCCGGAACUACAAUACGCCCUCGAGAAGGUUGACGUGAAGGCACUGGUGGCGGCCGAAGGAUACCGGCAGCAGAACUACUACGGCAUGAUUUCCCACAUCGUUCCCGAACUGGCGUCCUCGAAGCCGGGUGAACUCAAGAGCAAACAGUUACCGGCACUGUCCACCGUUAUCAUAGAUAGUGAUGAUAAUCUGCCGGGAGCGAUCAAGUUCAGCGACCUGUUCGGCCUAACGUCGGAGCGGGACAUCAGCCGGAUCGAGUACCUGCAGGCGAAAAUAUCUCCCGACAGUGGCGUCAACUUGCAGUUCACCUCGGGCACGACGGGUCAACCGAAGGCGGCCCUGAUGUCACACUUUGCAUUCGUUAACAACGGGAUUCACGUUGGCCGGAGGAAUGAGUUGGAUCGGAAGGAGCACCGUAUGUGCGUGCAGGUGCCACUGUUUCACGCGUACGGGAUGGUCAUUGCCACCAUGGCCGGUAUAUCGUACGGCGCGACAAUGGUACUGCCGUCAGCUGGGUUUAAGGCGGCCGAUUCGCUGGCCGCCAUCAUGAGAGAGAAAUGCACGGUCAUUCUGGGAACACCGACGAUGUACGUGGACCUGGUGCGCCGGAUCGUGGAGAGUGGAGCCCAGCUUGAGACACCGGAAAUUGCCGCCACCGGAGGUGCCACCUGCUCCCCAAAGCUGUUCGCCGACAUCAAACACUCGCUGGGCGUGCGGAAGGUGAAGACGGUGUUCGGUAUGACGGAGGCAACGGCCGUCAUCUUUCAGUCCCAGUUCGAGGAGAGCCCGGAGGAUGUGCAGCAAACGGUCGGGCACGUAACGGACCACUACGAGGCGAAGGUGGUCGAUCGGGAGGGCAACGUGGUUCCGUUCGGGACGGCCGGAGAGCUGUGGGUCCGAGGGUACGGUACCAUGCUGGGCUACUGGGGUGAUGAGAAGAAAACGAAGGAAACGAUCGAUGCGGAUCGGUGGCUACGGACGGGCGAUCAGUUCGCCCUGCGGGAGGAUGGCUACGGGAAGAUCGUCGGUCGGAUGAAGGAGGUAGUCAUCCGGGGCGGUGAGAACAUCUACCCGAAGGAGGUCGAGGACUAUCUCAACACUUACCCGAAGGUGCUGGAGGCGCACUGCAUCGGCGUGCCGGACGAGCGGACAGGAGAGGAGCUGUGUGCGUACGUGCGGCCAAAGAACCCCUCCGACACGAUUACCCGCGAGGAGCUGAAGCGAUUCUGUGAGGGGAAGCUGGCGUACUAUAAGGUGCCAAAGUACGUCCGGGUGCUGAACGACCUGCCGAAGACGACCUCGGGGAAGGUGCAGAAGUUUAAGCUGGUAGAAAUGUUUAAAAAAGAACAAGAAAGUGUAAAUAAAUGA